UUGAUGGGUUUACAGGAGUAGUUGAAGUCUUCACGCUGUGCUCUGGCUGAAAGAAAGGCGGUUGGCUGCGGAUUUAGCUGCUUUUUCUCGCAGGACUUGUUGUUGUGGGGGGGAAAACUGCCCUAAGUUGUUGGACGUUCUUAUCGGAUAGAGAUUGAAAACUGUCAAAAUGCCGGUUUUCCACACGAAGACGAUAGAAAGUAUCCUGGAGCCGGUGGCUCAGCAGAUAUCCCAUCUGGUGAUAAUGCACGAGGAAGGUGAAGUUGACGGGAAGGCUAUCCCAGAUCUGUCCGCGCCGGUGGCCGCCGUGCAGGCGGCCGUUAGCAACCUGGUUCGGGUUGGAAAGGAUACCGUGCAAACAACAGAGGACCAGAUCAUGAAAAGGGAUAUGCCACCAGCCUUUAUCAAAGUGGAGAAUGCCUGCACAAAGCUGGUUCAAGCUGCCUCCAUGCUGAAAGCCGACCCGUACUCUGUUCCUGCUCGGGAUUACCUCAUCGAUGGAUCUCGAGGCAUUCUGUCUGGCACAUCUGACCUGCUCCUCACUUUUGAUGAGGCAGAGGUCCGUAAAAUAAUCCGUGUGUGCAAAGGCAUCUUGGAAUAUCUGAGCGUGGCCGAGGUGGUGGAGUCAAUGGAGGACUUGAUCACAUACACAAAGAAUCUGGGGCCAGGUAUGACAAAGAUGGCAAAAAUGAUCGAUGAGCGCCAGCAGGAGCUCACACAUCAGGAGCAUCGUGUGAUGCUGGUCAAUUCCAUGAAUACAGUCAAAGAGCUGCUACCCAUCCUCAUCUCAGGUAUAAAAAUCUUUGUGACGACCAAGACAUCUGGGAGCCAGGGUGUGGAGGAAGCCCUGAAGAACCGAAACUUCACUUAUGAGAAGAUGAGCGCUGAGAUAAAUGAGAUCAUCAGAGUCCUGCAGCUCACAUCCUGGGAUGAAGACGCCUGGGCCAAUAAGGACACUGAGGCCAUGAAGAGGGCUCUGGGACUGAUUGAUUCAAAGAUGGCUCAGGCUAAAAGCUGGUUGAGGGAUCCAAACGCUCCACCAGGGGACGCUGGCGAGCAGGCCGUCCGUCAGAUCCUGGAUGAAGCCGGGAAAGUCGGUGAGCUCUGUGCUGGGAAGGAGCGCAGGGACAUCCUGGGAACGGCCAAGACUCUGGGUCAGAUGACUGACCAGGUGUCUGAGAUGAGGGCAAGAGGUCAAGGAGCAUCCCCGGCUGCCAUGCAGAAGGCACAGCAGGUUUCCCAGGGGCUCGACGUUCUGGCCGGCAAGGCUGGCAAUGCUGCUCGCAAACUCGAGGCCAUGACCAACUCCAAGCAGGCCAUCGCCAAAAGGAUCGACGCUGCACAAAGCUGGCUUGCAGACCCCCAUGGCAGCCCAGAGGGAGAGGAGAAUAUCAAGGCCCUCCUCAAUGAGGCCAGAAAGAUUGCAGACAUGUGUGAGGAUCCCAAAGAAAGAGAAGAGAUUUUGCGCUCUGCUGGAGAGCUGGCCGCCAUGACUGCCAAGCUGUCUGAACUCAGAAGACAGGGUAAAGGUGACACUCCUGAGGCCCGAGCUUUGGCCAAGCAGAUAGCAACAGCCCUGCAGAACCUGCAGUCGAAGACCAACAAGGCUGUGGCCAACAGCCGGCCUGCGAAGGCCGCCGUCCACCUGGAGGGGAAGACGGAGCAGGCGCAGCGCUGGAUUGACAACCCCACCGUGGACGACAGCGGUGUGGGCCAGGCAGCCAUCCGUGGGCUGGUGGCCGAGGGCCGCCGGCUGGCCAACGCUCUGCAGGGCCCGUACAGGCAGGAGCUGAUGGGGAAGUGCGAGCAGGUGGAGCAGCUCAUGGCGCAGCUGGCUGACUUGGCCGCCCGUGGCGAAGGGGACUCCCCGCAGGCACGCGCCGUGGCUCAGCAGCUCCAGGAAGCCUUGAAAGACCUGAAAGGAAAGAUGCAGGAGGCAAUGACUCAGGAAGUGUCUGACAUCUUCAGUGACACCACCACCCCCAUCAAGUUGCUGGCAGUGGCUGCUACAGCGCCCCUCGACGCUCCCAACAGAGAUGAGGUCUUUGAGGACAGAGCCGCCAACUUCGAGAACCACGCCAAUAGGCUCGGCGCCACGGCCGAGAAGGCGGCCGCAGUCGGCACUGCGAACAAGAGUACAGUGGAGGGAAUCCAGGCUGCCGUCAAGUCAACCAGAGAUCUAACACCACAAGUGGUGUCUGCUGCUCGCAUUCUGCUGAGAAACCCUGGCAACCAAGCAGCAUAUGAACAUUUUGAGACCAUGAAGAAUCAGUGGAUUGACAAUGUGGAAAAGAUGACUGUUUUGGUCGAUGAGGCCAUUGAUACCAAAUCUCUGCUGGACGCCUCUGAGGAGGCCAUAAAGAAGGACUUGGAUAAAUGCCGCGUUGCCAUGAACAAUCACCAGCCUCAGAUGCUGGUGGCCGGCGCCACCAGCAUUGCCCGAAGAGCCAACCGCAUCCUUCUGGUGGCAAAACGAGAGGUGGAGAACUCCGAAGAUCCCAAAUUCAGAGAAAUAGUGAAAGCUGCAUCAGAUGAACUGAGCCGGACGAUUUCUCCCAUGGUGAUGAAUGCAAAGGCUGUGGCUGGAAAUAUCCAGGAUCCAAAUCUUCAGAAGGGAUUUUUGGAUUCGGGUUAUAAGAUUCUUGGAGCUGUAGCAAAAGUUAGGGAGGCCUUCCAGCCUCAAGAGCCAGACUUCCCACCACCACCUCCGGAGCUGGAUCAGCUCAGCCUUAAUGAUGAAGCAGCACCUCCCAAGCCUCCUCUUCCAGAGGGAGAAGUUCCUCCACCCAGACCUCCUCCUCCUGAGGAGAAAGACGAGGAGUUCCCAGAGCACAAAGCUGGAGAGAAAGUCAAUGAGCCCAUGAUGGUGGCUGCUAGGCAGCUUCACGACGAAGCCCGCAAAUGGUCCAGCAAAGGAAACGACAUCAUCGGCGCUGCCAAGCGAAUGGCCCUGCUCAUGGCAGAGAUGUCCCGUUUGGUGCGUGGAGGCAGCGGAAACAAACGCGCCCUGAUCCAGUGCGCCAAGGACAUCGCCAAAGCCUCUGACGAAGUCACACGGCUGGCGAAGGAAGUGGCCAAGCAAUGUACCGACAAACGAAUCAGGACCAACCUGCUCCAGGUGUGUGAGCGCAUUCCCACCAUCAGCACUCAGCUCAAAAUCUUGUCCACUGUCAAGGCCACCAUGUUGGGCCGUACCAACAUCAGUGAAGAGGAGUCUGAGCAGGCGACUGAAAUGUUGGUCCACAACGCUCAGAACCUGAUGCAGUCUGUGAAGGAGACUGUCAGAGAAGCGGAGGCGGCCUCCAUUAAGAUCCGGACAGAUGCAGGUUUCACCCUCCACUGGGUCAGAAAGACCCCCUGGUAUCAGUAAGAGACGAGCUAUCAGUCCUCUGCUUGGUGCUGGUUCUGCCCAGCUGUUCAUGGGGACGAUGAAUGGACAGACAUAUGCUUCAUCAAAGCAACGAUUACACUGCCCCACGUCUAUAUAUGGGCAAAGUUUCUCCCUCAUAUGUCCUGUCUGUAGCGAUUGCUGUUCUGAUAUAAUAUAAAAGGUGGGACUGUUAAUUUGAAAUAUAUUUUAGGGGUUAUGAUAAAGAAUUCUUGAAAUAUGCAUAUUUAUAUAUUGAUCAGAGGUUAGAUUUCAUAUCAUGUGAGAGUAAUUAUGUGUGGACUUUUCUAGAUCUAGACCACAUUAAGUUAAAUUGAAUUAAAGAACAUUUUUAUAUCUUUAUACUGAAUAUUUUAUUAUCACAAUUACUUCUGCUUUGCUUGGAUAAGCACAUAAACUUAAGGAGUUGUUAUAAGUACAGCAGAGUAAGUAAGUACAGCAUUGCUUCCGUUUGAUGUUCUGUACUACAUGAAGCGAAAGAGAAAUGCUGAUAUUUGUUUCAUUUUGUGUUGUAGCAGUCUAGAGUUCUGCCAAAGAUAUUUCAUCCACACUCUGUUUAAUCCAUAACGCAUAUUUGAGUUGAAAUUUAGGGAACAAGUUUCUGAUUUGACUCAUUCAAGUCAUUCUAGAUUGCAUUAAGAUAACAUCUAUUAAACAGCCUUGUGCUACUUUAUGUAGCCUAAAAGCCAUUUGUUUACUAUUGCUAGCAUGCUAUGAGAGUUUGAAUAAAACCUCCUGCUUUUGUUUUUGGCACACAUGUUCACUUUUUUUUGUGUGUGCACAAGUCUUGAAAAAAAAAGACUUUAUAUAGCAAAGAAUGAGCAACACUUUAUCAUAAAGCACAAUAACUGCAGCUGUUAAUCUAAGUUGUCUUGAUACACUAAAUAGAACUGAUCACCUUUUGUGGUAAUUCUGUAUUAGAUACUUUUAAAAUGCCAGAAGCUUUUUUUUCUUGUUUUUUGUGGAAGUUUACUUUAGGCGUCAAACAAACUGAUGUGCCUUGAAUUGCGAUUGAUAUUUUCAUUUUCAGAUGUUUUGUAUUGUUUGUACAAGCUGUCAGUGUUAAUUUGUUCAGAACACUUAUUGUACAGGAUUCUUCUUUAAAGCCUUUUGUCAAAUACUCACAAAAUACUCUAUGCAAACCACGUUUCCCCUCAACAAAAAAAUUAUGCAACUUGGUUGGGAUAUAAUGGGUCUGAAAGAUAAUUUUGCUUUAGCAUUGUUCACAAUUUUGUAAUAAAGCAUUUUAUAACACUCA